AUCCCGCUGCUGUCAUGUGCCGCUUGCAAAAUGUUCGACACUGAUAGCAGAGUAUCGAAAGUCCUGGGCACCGUCCUCCAGAUGGGAGCCCCGUGGGCCGAGCAAAAGUCCUCUUCUGGUGCUCCAACAACCUUCUCGUUUUCAACAAACGGCCCUUCAAAGCUACCCGUUCGUUUCAUCACAGAAGCGUCAGUCGCAUUCUAUGCAACCAGAAAGACGGGGUUGUUGCGCGCAAUACCUAAUAUAGACAUGAUGACAAGGGCCAUAGAGAUCGCCUACUCCCACUCUCCGAGUCAAUCCGUGGAAGUGGUCAAUAGAAGUCAUGCCUUAGUCUACGCCUUCGUGGCGUUCUGUUCACUAGCAGGGCACAGUCAGGAGAUCUCUUACCCAGUCGACGGGAAGGCACUGUUGAUGGAGGCAAAACGCCUAUCAUCGGAUGGCGAAAGCAGCCCGUCGUCUUUCGAGUCGCUUCAAGUGUCGCUUCUAUUGGUGCGUUAUGUACUCCUAGUAACCUACACCACACAGGCUCUAUGUCAUUGUUUAUUGGGGGCACUUUUGGAAGCUAGGGAGACAGUCAGCAUCAUAGCUUCUCAGCUAACCGAGUUGGCUAUAAACAACCACUUCUUCGAGUCAUCACCCGAAGGCCUGCCAUCAAAUUUAGAUGCUGAGACUGAAUACCCGGACGUCCUACGAGAUUUGCUUUGGAUCAGCUUGAUGGUCGAUAACGAGAUCUUUCUGCGCACGGGUCAUCCACCACUGAUCCUGGCCAAAUUCGCUACUGCUGCUGCCCUGCCCUGCGAGUAUCAGUUCUCUUCCCAAUUUCUGUCGCGGUUCCUCCCUGCUCGUGGCGCAGACCCCCGCGCGGAUGUCUACAUCUACAUGGCCGAUCUCACCCUGCACGUCUCCCGACUCUACAUCUCACUUUACGCGCCGGAAGCUAUCAGCAAAUCCAGCGUUGAACUCUUACAGACGAUCAUUUCUUUGGAUAACCAGUUGGAGGAAUGGCGCCGGAGUAUCCCUCAGUCCUUUCGGCCAACCAUCCAUGUACUCAACCUGCCCACCAACUCACUUCGCGACAUCGACCUCCUGCUUUUGAAUCUGAAGUUUCAUCACAUCCUGGGAUGUAUCCACCAGGUGGUGAAUCGCUGCCAGUCCUGGGCAGGGGAGACGGCCACCUUUCACGAAGCUUUGGAGUCCAGUCUCAGACCCUCCCUUCAAGCCAGUGUUUCAUCUUUAGAACUCUUGCGGGCCACGCAGGUGGCUUUAAAUCCUGAAAUGUUCUGGUUCAUAUGUUUCUACCUUUUUUCGGCUCACCUCAAUUUAUUCUGCAACGUCGUCGCCAGCCCCUGCGAUCCUCAGAAUCACGCCCGCCUGCAAAUCCUACAAUCGUCCCCGGCAUUCCUCCGCUGCAUAGAUACCUGCCAUCUGACACGCGUCGAGGUUGAGCAGCUGUCAGUUUUGGUGGAGUUUUGCACGGACCUGGUGACUCAUGCAGAGCAUGAAGUUGCGGCAGCAAAUUCAGUUUGA